CCAUGGUCUGUUGAAUGUUUACCAAUCUUCCCGGGAUAAAUUUAUAUUGCGCAAAAAUACUCAAUUUCUGUGAAUAUCAGUGAUAAUCUCAGCUGCAAAUUGUACAAAAGUACGCGCUACUGCACGGCUGAACGAUGUCAACAUUCGUGGAAGAUGAGGCUGGCGGCAGUGGAACGGCCACAGCGAUGGCCAGAGAUGCAACAAAGGAGGAGAGCGAGGACGGCGCAUUGCUGGAGUACGAGAGGCAAAUGCUAAUUGAUCUGCAUCACAGUGAUGGAUUGGUCAUUUGUGCCAAGGGAAUUCACUACAAUCGUGUGCUACUGGGCCUCCUGAGAGCGCUCUGUGAUCCCGCCAAUCUCGUCAUUGUGAUGAAUUGCUCAGAGAGUGAGGAGAAGUACUAUCGCGGUCAGCUGAAUUCGCGCCAUGUACACGAAUCGGCGACGAAUGCAAGAGAGCGAGAGAAGAUGUACCUCGAGGGUGGCAUACACUUCAUCACGACGAGGAUUUUGGUGGUGGAUUUGCUGAAGAAUCGCAUCCCAAUUGAAAUGAUCACGGGAAUAUUCGUGCUGCGUGCUCACAUGAUCAUCGAGUCGUGUCAGGAGGCGUUCGCCCUUCGGCUGUACCGUCGGAGGAACAGUGAAGGAUUCGUGAAGGCGUUCUCCAACAGUGCGGAGUCCUUCACCUUCGGAUUUGGACAUGUGGAGAGAGUUGUGCACAAUUUGUAUGUGAGCGAAAUGUUUGUCUGGCCACGAUUUCAGUCACUCAUUCAGACGACGCUGAAGAGAUACGAGCCUGUGACUGUGGAGCUGCACAUCCCGAUGACGCAGAAGAUGAUAUCGAUACAGACAAAUAUACUGGAGAUUAUGAAUUUUCUGGUGAAGGAAGUGAAGAGGAUCAAUCCGAACAUCGAUAUGCAAGAGAUCACGGUGGAGAAUUGCGUGACGAAGAAGUUUCACAAGAUUCUGCAACUGCAGCUGGACACGGUGUGGCAUCAAUUGAGCCAACAGAGCAAGAUGCUAAUAUCGGAUCUGAAGAUUCUGCGAUCCCUGAUGAUCACUACCAUCUACCAUGACUGCAUCUCCUUGUAUGCCGCGCUCAAGAGGUACAAAUCCAGUGAUUAUGUGAUGAAUAGCUCUGGCUGGGGUGUUCUGGAUGCGGCAGAUCACAUGUUCGAGACGUCCAAGAGGAGAGUCUUCAAUGCUGAUGAUGAGUUUGAGCCUGAAUGGGGUGCAAAGUGGCGAAGUUUGUCAGAUAUUCUGUGUGUGGAGAUUCCAAAUGACAUCAAGCUCAAUGGUGAACUGAGGAGAAACAAGUCUGCAGUGGUUCUGAUCCUCUGUCAGGACAACAAGACGUGCUAUCAGCUGAAUCAGUAUCUAAUGCUCGGCGCUGAGCGAUGUUUACUCCACAUGGCGCUGAAGAAUGAUGUGAAAGUGAUGAAGAUGUCGAAGAAGUAUCAAGACAUGAGCGAGAGCAAGAAUAUGAUGCAUGGAAUGGAGGCGAUACAGUUGUCAGAAGGCGCUGUGCCGACGAGAGUGGAGCUGAAUGAUCCGGAAGAGCUUCAGGGUGAGGUGGAAGAGGAGCCAAUGAAUGCCUAUCAAGACUCCUACAUUAUGACGAUGAGUGUGGCGGAAGAGGUGGAAGGAAGUGAAGAUCUUGAUGUCAGUACGCAAAUGGAGACGGGAAGAUUCUCGCAGAUUCCCACAGUGGAUCGCCAGAAGUGUGUCACUCAGCCGAUUGUCUGCAUUCAGACGUUCAAAUCCAACACGAGUGAUCCGCUGUCGCUGGAAGCGACGCUGCGCUCUCUGAAUCCACAGUAUGUGGUCAUGUUCCACUGCAAUGUGACGGCGAUUAGGCAGCUGGAAGUGCACGAAGCGAGAUUGAGGCGUGACAAGGAGGAUCGCAUAAAGGUGUUCUUUCUCUUGCACGCCGAGACCAUUGAGGAGCAGAGCUAUCUCACGAAUCUCAGGCGCGAGAAGCAGGCCUUUGAGCAUCUCAUCGAGACGAAAAAGACGAUGGUGAUUCCGCGGCGUCUUGAUGAAAUUGUGGAGCAGCAGAUGGACGAUGAGGACUUUGGCGAGAGUGCAUCGAGGCGCAAUGCUGCGCAGGAGUCGAAGAAGGAACGCAUGAAGGUGAUCACGGACAUGAGGGAGUUUCGCUCAGAUCUUCCUUGUCUCAUUCACAAAUUGGGCAUCGAAGUGAUUCCGAUAACAAUCACAAUUGGCGAUUAUGUUCUCACGCCAGAAGUUUGUGUUGAGCGAAAGUCAAUUUCUGAUCUCAUUGGUUCUCUAAACUCUGGACGACUCUACAAUCAGUGCACGCAAAUGGUGAGGAACUAUGCAGUGCCAAUUCUGCUGAUUGAAUUCGACCAGAAUCGCCCGUUUUACCUACAAGAUCGCUACAUGAUCUCCAAUGACACUGUUUCGAAUUCGGACAUAAAGCAGAAAUUGCAACUUCUCACGCUGCACUUUCCCAAGCUACGCAUCGUGUGGUCGCCAACACCGUACGCCACGGCGCAGCUCUUCUACGAGAUGAAGCAGAACAAGCCGGAGCCCGAUGAGAAACUCUGCUCGGUGAUUGGAUCCGAUGCUCAUGCGGCCGAGACGGAAGUGCUGGACAAGUUCAACAUGGAAAUCUCUGAUUUUCUACUUCGUUUGCCCGGUGUGACGGAGAAGAAUGUGUUCAGGCUCAUGAAGAGCUUCAAGGACUUCAAGGAGUUGCUGCGAGCCAGCCAGAAGGAGCUUCAAGAGUCACUCGACAGUGGCGAGAAUGCCAAGUUGCUGUGGGAAAUUCUGCAUUUGCCACAAAAGCCCAAAAUUGAGGUGUCAAGUGGAAAGUUUCCAGCACAGUCGAGAUUCAGGAAUCGCAAAUUCCAGAAAGGGAAACAAUAAAGGCGGUGAAAAUCGCCAGAAAAGCACUCGAGUGGAUUUAAUGAGGACACUUUUGCUGCCUUCGUCCGAAAGCGUCCAGAACGUUGAGUGGGAA